AUGUUACUUUUCAACUUUGUCCUCCUCCUGAAUUUCCUCUAUUCGAUAAAGGUUAAUUUUGGGAAAUCUUCUCAAGAACUCAACUAUUGUGUUAUUUUUAUAGACAAUAAUCAUUCAAAUAUAUAAUUUACUACUUAUAUUACACAUUUUAAUGCUUUUUUUUAAUAAGUCAAUGAAAAUAAUAAUCCUAAAAUAUUUGGAGAAAACAAUUAAAACAAUCCAUAACUUUAAAUAAAAUAAAAUUAAUCUUUUUCCCAUAUCUUAAUCCCUACUUUAAUAUUAAAAAUAAAUAAAUUGCCUUUUAAACAUAAGUCUAUAGGAUUUGUUGCAAAUUAUUCUUACAGCUAUUUAAAACUUAUCUAAAAAAAGAGAUACCAUAUAUUGAAGAUUUCAUCCAAAAAAUGA